AAAAUACCAUUAUUCUUCCGACGCACUAUCAUCUUAUCUCUUGUGGUCAAGCUUCAGUGAAUCAAUAAGGUCUUCGAAAUGAACGAAUCAGGGGUUCAUUGGCCACCAAAUUUGACACUAGUUGAUCGCGAAUUUCGAAUUGAAUUUGACUUAAAUUGAGUGAUUUAACAUAGGAUAUAAACUAGCUAGAAAAAUUUAGAUAAGUUGAUGGAGUAUUAAAAACACGUGAAAGUUGAUUAAUCGCAAUCACAAAUGUUAACCGAUCGAACGAAUCAUUUUAUUACAACUCACACAAGUGUUACACUAGAUAACAGCUGAUAACACAAUACGUGGUUGUCGUUCGUUUGUUAUUGUAGAGUGCGCAUGCGCAUAAUGUUUCUCUAAUUUUCAAUUUUCUAAUAAAAUAAUUCAAACACCCAACAAACGCUCGCAUCCAAAACCAAAACUAUUAAGCUCAAGUAGGUAGGUAUAGAAAGCACGUUUCAGCGACUAAAAUCUAAAUAAAUAGGCAAGGAGUAUAUAGCGAAGAAAAUUUACAAAGGUUUUAAAACAAAAGACUGAUGAAUUUUAUUGCCACUCAAAUUGGUUUCAACAAUUGACUGCGAAGCUGAUGAAAGGUUUUCUGUCCUGUGCACGUUGAGAAAAAUCACUUUAGAAAACAUUACUGGAAAAUUUAGUAAAGGAGACCCCUGGGCAUUUUUUUGUAGUAUUUACAACAUUUCAUAGUAGGUACAUACCUACUACUAAAAAAUGUACCUAGUAAAAAGUACUUUUUCUACAACAUUUGUCAGUAACAUGUACUUACGUACCUAUAUGAUAAAAUUCAGUAAAUUUUACAAAAAAGGUAAUCAGGGGGCAACUUUACUAAAUUUUACAUCAAUUUUUACUGAAUAGUUCUCUCAAUGUAUCUUCAAAAAUGAGGAGAAUAAUUUUCAUCCAGAUCUCAAUUGUUAUAUUAGUCACGUUUGAUGAAAUGCAGGCAUCUACUGUGAUCGAUGACGAUGUAUUAAAGGAUACGAACUUGACGAACAGUUUUAAUAGAACAUUGACGAAAAAGAUAAACGAUAUUUUAGAAACCAAGCUGAAAGAUGAAUAUGCCAAGCAGAAAGAAGAUCUAAAUGCCAUGCUGAAAGAUCUUCAAGCCAAGCUGAAAGAAGAUCAAAAUGUCAUGCUGAAAGAUCUUCAAGCCAAGCUGAAAGAAGAUCAUGCCAAGCUGGAACAGGAAAUUAAGUGUUCAUUGUGGCAUCUGAAAUUAGAUCAAUCCAUCAGAAUGUUAGACGAAUGCUGCGAGUUCUUCGUGAAAAAUAAUCGACCAAAAUCGAGAUGGGCAGCUGUGUUACCUUCAACGUUGCCUUAUGAUGCACAUUUUAAUGCAAAACGUGUACCAGCUGAAGUAGAAGGAAUAAUUAAUACGUUAAUUGCAGUUCGCCAUCAGCGUUCUCAUGCGCUUCAAAAAAAUGCAGGAGCCAUUGAGGAGUUAUUGAAAUCUUUAGAAACAUAUUUGAAUGACGCUAUCGACUGUAAUCAAAGCGAUAAAUUAGAGAGAUAUUUGCCUGGUUCUAUCGACUUUAUAACGAAAUGCCUCAAGCCUGAAAAUGUGACUUCUCCACAACACAACAGGAAACAGCGCUUAAACAAGAAGAUGAAGCAAAACAAACGAAAAAUGCAGAAAAUACCCUUAUCCUUUGACUGCCAACCUGAUGGUAAAACAACACAUCGUCAAAAAAAGAAUCGAUAUUUAAUCCACCUAGUAUGUAAUUUCGAUGUACAUGAUGUGAAUGAGUUUUUCGACAGGUUUUGAGAACUGAGACGACUUUGUCAAGAAAUUCAUCUCAAGAUUGCGCAGCAGUGGAUUCAUCCAGUUUAUAUUACAAUACACUUCUCUAUUUUCGAAACUGUUAACGAAGUUUGAUGAUUACUUUUGCAAUUUUUAUUUAUAAUAAUUUGAUGAAACUGAAAGAAAUGGUACCUAAUAAGGCUAAUAAACGAAUCUUUUGGGCAAGUCGAAUGUGUAAUCUUGGAAAGGCAUGUGCCCAAAAUUGAGUAUUUGACUUUUUUUAGUAUUCGGUCAAUAUCUCGAAAACUAAAUCAGAAAAAUUUUUCAUUUGUGGUGCCAUUCAUUAGCCAAAUGUUUGAGGAACCGUUGGCAUAAAUUUCAGAAUUCUAGCUUCAUAAGAUUCAAUAGGUACCAUGUUUUGUAAAAAAAAAUUAACUCUUGUUUCGAGGUAAUUAAAAUCUCUAAUGUUUGUAAGAAUUCUUAGAAUUCACUGUGAAUUUCGUUUCUUGAAAACAUUUAAAUGGGGCGCAAUUACUUCAUAUUUAUGUCAUAUGCCGGACUACACGUAAUUUUCAUGGCAUUAUUGGUAUUCUUGUCCCUGUUACUAACACGGUAGGCAAAUUAUGAGACAUACACGUUAUUCAAGUUGCCUCAUAAACCUUUUUUUCCUCGUAAUUUUCUAACAAUUUUUUUCACCAUUUUUCAGUGAUUCAUCAUUGAUUUCAUAGCGACUUUUUCCAAAUAAUUUUCUGCCAUUU